ACCAUGGCGGCGUCGGUGGCGGCUGCAGCUGGGAGGCUGCGGCGGGCCAUUCGAAGGUCGCGUCCGUGGUGGGGCCCCAGCCGUCGGCCUCUCUCGUCCGAGCCCCCUCCAGCCCGGGCCGCGGCCGUGCGGGACGCCUUCCUGAGCUUCUUUAGGGACUGCCAUGGCCACCGACUAGUGCCGUCCGCUUCCGUGCGGCCCCGCGGCGACCCCAGUUUGCUUUUCGUCAAUGCGGGCAUGAACCAGUUCAAGCCAAUCUUCCUGGGCACUGUGGAUCCACGAAGCGAGAUGGCAGGCUUCCGACGUGUGGCCAACAGCCAGAAAUGUGUGAGGGCUGGAGGACGCCACAGCGACCUGGAGGAUGUGGGCCGAGACCUUUCGCAUCAUACCUUCUUUGAAAUGCUUGGCAAUUGGGCCUUUGGGGGUGAAUAUUUUAAGGAGGAGGCUUGCAGCAUGGCCUGGGAACUGCUGACUCAGGUCUAUGGGAUCCCUGAGGACAGGCUCUGGGUUUCCUACUUUGGUGGUGACCCCAAGGCGGGGCUGGACCCAGACCUGGAGAGCAGGGACAUCUGGCUCAGCUUAGGGGUGCCCGCCAGCCGUGUGCUUUCCUUUGGACCACAAGAGAACUUCUGGGAGAUGGGGGAUACCGGCCCUUGUGGGCCCUGUACCGAGAUCCACUAUGACCUGGCUGGUGGGGUGGGAGCCCCUCAGCUGGUGGAGCUUUGGAAUCUGGUCUUCAUGCAACACAACAGAGAGGCAGAUGGAAGCCUGCAGCCCCUGCCCCAGCGGCACGUGGACACAGGAAUGGGCCUGGAAAGGCUGGUGGCUGUGCUGCAAGGCAGACGCUCCACCUACGACACUGACCUCUUUUCCCCGCUCAUCAACGCCAUACACCAGGGUUGUGGGGCACCCCCUUACUUGGGCCGGGUAGGGGCGGCAGACGAGGGGCGCACAGACACAGCGUACCGCGUGGUGGCCGAUCACAUCCGCACACUCAGUGUCUGCAUCGCCGAUGGCGUCUCCCCUGGAAUGUCAGGUGCCCCGCUGGUUCUUCGUCGGAUCCUCCGUCGAGCCGUGCGGUUCUCUUCAGAGGUGUUGCGGGCACCACCUGGCUUCCUAGGCAGCCUGGUGCCUGUAGUGGUGGAGACGCUGGGAGACGCUUAUCCAGAACUGCAGAAGAGCUCAGCCCAGAUAGCCAACCUGGUGUCGGAGGACGAGGCGGCCUUCCUGGCCUCUCUGCAGCGGGGUCGGCGGAUCAUCGAUCGGACCCUGAGGCACCUGGGGCCUUCCGAUGUGUUCCCUGCUGAAGUGGCCUGGUCCUUGUCACUGUCUGGGGACGUGGGGCUCCCCCUGGACCUGGUAGAGCUGAUGCUGGAGGAGAAAGGGGUGCAGCUGGAUUCUGCUGGGCUGGCGCGGCUGGCCCAAGAGGAGGCCCAGCGCCGGGCACAGCGGGCUGAGCCAGUUCAGGAGCAGGGCCUGCGGCUCAACGUCCAUGCGCUGGGUGAGCUGCAGCGCCGAGGGGUGCCCCCAACCGACGACAGCCCCAAGUACAACUACUCCCUGCGACCCAGUGGGGCUUAUGAGUUCGGCACCUGUGAGGCCCAGGUGCUCCAGCUAUAUACAGAGGAUGGAACAGCCGUGGCCUCCGUGGGGGAAGGCCAGCGCUGUGGCCUCCUCCUGGACAGAACCAACUUCUACGCUGAACAGGGGGGUCAGGCUUCAGACAGAGGCUACCUGGUGCGGGUGGGGCAACAGGAUGUGCUGUUCCCAGUGGCCCGGGCCCAGGUCUGUGGGGGCUUCAUCCUACAUGAGGCAGUGGCCCCUGAGUGCCUGAAGGUGGGGGACCAGGUGCAGCUGCAUGUAGAUAAGGCCUGGCGUCUGGGCUGCAUGGAGAAGCACACAGCCAUCCACCUGCUAAACUGGGCCCUGCGGCAGGCCCUGGGCCCCAGCACAGAGCAGCGAGGCUCCCAUCUCAGUCCUGAGCAGCUGCGCUUCGACGUGGCCACCCAGGCACCACUGACCCCAGAGCAGCUCCGGGCAGUGGAGGGCACUGUGCAGGAGGCCGUGGGGCAGGAUGAGGCCGUGUACAUGGAGGAGGUGGCCCUGGCCCACACUGCCCAUGUCCCUGGCCUGCGCUCUCUGGAUGAGAUAUAUCCAGACCCUGUGCGGGUGGUGUCGGUGGGCGUGCCCGUGGCCCAGGCGCUGGACCCCGCCUCCCAGGCUGCACUGCAGACCUCUGUGGAGCUGUGCUGUGGGACGCACCUGCUACGCACGGGGGCUAUAGGAGACCUGGUCAUCAUUGGGGAGCGCCAGCUUGCCAAGGGCACUACCCGCCUGCUGGCCAUCACUGGGGAGCAGGCCCAGCAGGCUCGAGAGGUGGGCCAGAGCCUGGCCCAGGAGGUAGAAGCAGCUGCAGAGCGGCUGAGUCGGGGCAGCCGGGAUGUGGUGGAGGCACAGCGGCUAUCCAAGGACGUGGGACGACUCACUGAUGCUGUGGACACUGCCGUGAUGCCCCAGUGGCAGCGGCGGCAGCUUCAGGCCACUCUGAAGGUGCUGCAGCGGCGUGCCAACACUGCCGUCCGAAAGCUGGAAAUAGGGCAGGCUGCACAGAAGACCCAGGAGCUGCUGCAGCGGCACUCGGAGGGGCCCCUAAUUGUGGACACAGUUUCCACUGAGUCCCUCUCAGUUCUGGUGAAGGUGGUGCGGCAGCUGUGUGAGCAGGCGCCCGGCACGUCCGUGCUUCUACUCAGCCCCCAGCCCCUGGGGCAUGUGCUGUGUGCCUGUCAGGUGGCCCAGAGUGCCACACCAGCCUUCACAGCAGAAGCCUGGGCACUGGCCGUGUGCAGCCACAUGGGGGGCAAGGCCUGGGGCUCUCGAGUGGUGGCCCAAGGCACCGGCAGCACUGCUGACCUGGAAGCUGCCCUCAGUACAGCCCGAGCCUAUGCCCUCAACCAGCUCUGACCCAGGCUCACCCAGGGACUCACGGAAACGCAAGAGACAGCAACAGGCCACUGCCAGGAGCCCCGAAGGAGCCAGAGAACCUCCCUAGAGGCUGAAACAGGGGACUAAAGGCUGGAGGUGAAGCAGCUAAGCCAAAGAGGACCGCCCUAGGCCAGGCCUUGCAUGGACACAAGGAGAUAUGGACUGGGGAAGGCAGCAGUGGGCCCAGAGACAUACCCACACUAGGUGAAUGUGAAGACAUGGCUGUGACUGCUCAUUAAAAAGUAUUUCACAGA